GUUUGAAUUCUGGGAUACGUCAAGGGCGUGUUUACGUCCCAAGCAUGACGCAACCCCCAACUCAAGAAAAGCUAACACGUAUCGCCAUCGUCAGCAGUGACAAAUGCAAACCGAAAAAGUGUCGUCAAGAGUGUAAAAGAUCAUGUCCUGUUGUGCGCAUGGGUAAACGAUUGUUGUGGUAAUGUAAUUCUUGAAGAUCGCAUUUUUAUCAGAAGAAUUGUGCAUCGGGUGCGGCAUUUGUAGCAAAAAAUGCCCUUUUGAAGCCAUCUCUAUCAUAAAUCUUCCUAGUAAUUUGGAAAAGGAGGUUACCCAUCGUUAUGGUCCGAACUCAUUUAAGCUACAUCGUCUGCCUAUGCCGCGCCCCGGUGAGGUUUUGGGAUUAGUUGGAACCAACGGUAUCGGAAAGUCCAGUGCUUUAAAGAUACUUGCCGGUAAACUUAAACCCAAUCUUGGCCGGUUCAAGUUGGUCUGUAAUUUGGUUUUUGGUAUCAAUAUGCCCUAGUAAGUGAACAAAAGGACUAAGGCGAUAACUUUAUCACGCAAUUCAUUACUCGCGUUAGGAGUGUUUUUCGUAAUUGCCUUACAUCAUAAUCCACCGUGUAAAUUUUUAGACUAACUUUAUAAGCUAGUUUGGUUUUUUGAUAAUCUGGUCAGUAUGAUUUAUGAUGCUUAUGUCUUUCCUGUUCAUAUGCUCAUUUGAACCUGCGGUGAAUUGUAAAUAUUUCUCGGUGACACUAUAAUAUAUAGAAUACCUUUGAGUGAUGCUCAAGUAACCCUGAAAAAAUUCAUCUGCUUAACAGGGUUACGUUUUCUAACCAUUUGGUUGCAAAGUAAAUCUCCAUUUUAUCUCCAACAUUGGCAAGCAAACAAUAUAACUAGCUCCACCUAAUUCUUGAAAAAAACAUAUGUAUACGUAUCCAAUCUGUAAAUUGGUUUUUUAAAGAAUUUCGUACCCAAUCCUUAUUAAUAUCGCAACGAGUAGCUACGAAAUCAUAAAGGACAUUCUUCAAAUUAAGACAAAUCUGGAACUAACUGAACCAUAAGUUCUUAUUUGUUGUAGGGUCUGUGGAGCAAAUUUUUGAAUGUUUACUCCGGUAGAACUUCACAACUACAUGUUUAUAUUUUUACGAGUUUAUAGUACUAAGUCAGACUUAUAGAUUUUCUGCAUAACAUUCUGCUAUAUUCCCCGAUAGUUCCGCAAGUUUCCAAUUAAUUAAUGAUAUUUGACUGACCACCUUUAUCACUACGCUUUGAGAAAUCCGUCUAUCCAUCAAAGUUGCAAACAAUUGUUAAAUAAAGGUCUCAUCGUUACUUACGCGCAUGAUCAUGAUCAGUUAAGCAUGUUCACUUUUUAAGUGACUGAUUUACGAAGACAUCUUGGUACCCCGUCUAAGUAGCAUUUUAUUGAGUUAAAUAAAUUUUACAACCAAUUCAAUUCACCAGUACUCAAGCUCACUGUCGAUUUCAGUCGUUUAUGAAAUUCCAAGCGUCUUUACUAGAGUGCGUUAAAUAUUUAAAACCAAUAGUUACAGAUCAAAAAUGACACGAAUAACGGUUAGGCAAAUUUAUUCAUUGUCUUGGGGAAUUUGGAAACAUCAUCGUCUAUGUGUUUCCUAUCCAUUUAUAUCACACACUCACUUGGUACUUCAUUUUGUUUUACUUCCCUUUGUUUUAACAUGCCAACACCAACUGACUUUUAUUGCUAAGUCUCAUGUUAUUUUAUUACACCAUCACCGUUGAUCCUCGAAUAAUAAAGAAUUCUUCCCUAGAAUCUGUUGUAUAUAAUUAUGGUGUAUAGGUGUUUUUAUUUGCACUAAUCUGUUUUCAGUAAUCAAAGAGUGUACUGUAAUUUUACGGAACUUUGCAGAACCUUUAGAGAAGUUUAAGUUAAUAAAUUGAACUGUAAUCAGAUAAAGUAAAUUCCGUGAAAUAUUUUACUUGUGUUGUUUUCUAUUAAAAAUAAGUUUCCGUUUAUGUUUCAAUGUCAAGUCAUAAAUGUGAACAUCAUGAGAAAUCCGACGUCUGUCGUCUUAUACAUCUGUUUAUCGCUGCUAUAAGUGAACACCAUGAUGCUUAUUGACAUUCGUUCACUCGGAUAUAUUUGUCUUUUUUUCUUUCUCUUUAGAAUCCACCGGAUUGGACUGAAAUAUUAACGUAUUUCCGUGGUUCGGAACUACAGAAUUAUUUCACAAAAAUCUUAGAGGACAAUUUGAAAGCUGUUAUUAAGCCACAAUAUGUUGAUCAAAUCCCUAAAAUCGUAUCUGGUGAGGUUAAAACCUUACUUAAUCGAAAGGACGAUAGAGGCAACCAAGAUCACGUUUUAGAAAUGCUUGAUCUUCAAGUAGUCACUGAACGUAUGGUAGGCGAUCUAUCUGGUGGUGAACUUCAAAGAUUUGCUUGUGGAAUGGUUUGUGUCCAAAAAGCUGAUAUAUAUAUGUUUGAUGAGCCUAGUUCUUACCUGGAUGUCAAGCAGCGUUUAAAAACAGCUAUAGCUAUACGUGAACUACUGGAGGGUACAAAUUAUGUUAUUGUUGUGGAGCAUGAUUUAUCUGUUUUGGAUUACUUGUCUGACUUCAUAUGCUGUCUUUAUGGUGUCCCAGGUGCUUAUGGGGUAGUCACUAUGCCUUUUUCCGUUCGUGAAGGAAUAAAUAUAUUUUUGGAUGGUGUGGUCCCUACGGAAAACUUGCGUUUUCGAGAAACACCACUGGUUUUCAAGGUGUCCGAAACCGGUAACGAAGAAGAAUUAAAACGUACAGCUCGUUACGAUUAUCCAACUAUGUAUAAAAGUUUGGGUUCAUUCGAAUUGACAGUGGAGGCUGGAUCAUUUACUGAUUCUGAAAUUAUUGUAAUGCUUGGUGAGAAUGGCACUGGUAAAACUACAUUUAUUCGCAUGUUGGCUGGUAAUCUGAAACCUGAUGGUGAUGAAAAGUGUCCAGUUUUACAUGUAUCAUAUAAACCGCAAAAAAUUAGUCCAAAAUCAGAGAAAACAGUCCAAAAUUUACUUUUGGAAAAAAUCCGUGAUUCAUUUACACAUCCACAAUUUUCAACAGAUGUGCUUAAGCCAUUACAAAUGGAACGACUUUAUGAUCAGCAAGUAAUGAACUUAUCUGGUGGUGAAUUGCAACGAUUAGCUAUUACAUUGUGCCUUGGCCAACCAGCUGAUGUUUAUCUAAUUGAUGAGCCAUCAGCUUAUUUAGAUUCAGAACAGCGUUUACAUGCCGCAAAAGUUAUUAAACGAUUUAUACUGCAUGCUAAAAAGACAGCUUUUGUUGUAGAACAUGAUUUUAUUAUGGCAACAUAUUUAGCCGAUCGAGUUGUUGUAUUUGACGGUCAACCUGGUGUUAAGGCUACAGCAACAACGUGAGUGUAUUCGAUGGUUGUUAGUUUUUUUUCUCUCUAAAGAUAUUUCUGCAUGAGAUGUUACGAAUUCAACGUUCCUAAAUCCACUUAAUUGGACUACUGAAUUAUCGAGUCCGCGUACGCCAAAUAACACUAAUGACCUUUAUUUAACUCAUUUGCCCACCAAGUGUGCUGGCACUGAUUAUUACCCCACGCAACUUCAUUCUGCCCCCCCCCAAACUUGCUCAAUCAAAACACAAUAAAAGCUAACCGACGUACUCUGUAUAUUUUACAACUCAAACACAAUCACAACUUAUUUAAAAAAACUGGAUCAUUUGUGAUAUAAAACUGAUUGAUAAGUAUAUAAUUCAUUAACUAUAAAAGGGACAUAUCAUCAGUCAAUGAUUAUAUAAAAACUUACAAUUUGAGCAAUAUAAAAGUAUCAUAAAGAAAAUAUUUAAUAAUUACAUAAAAAUGUAUAUGAUAUUUUGCUUUAGAAUAGUUCUGAAAAUUCUAAUCUUUUCGACUUAUUCACAUCUAACAUGUGUGUCUCCGGCAGAAAACGAUACAAAAUUAAUUCAUUCUUCAAAUUGUUAAAUACAUCAUUAUAUUUUGCAACUCAUUGAUAAGGUUAACACUUGAGACUGCACAUUUUUAUCGACUGAGUUAGCCAGGACACUUAUUUUCAGUUAUCGUCUACCUCAACGGGCAAUGUUAACUGGUGUAGGGGUUAAGCUAGAAGAAAACCAUUCUGACAAACCAAAACAUACCACUAGUCCAUAGUCAUUGACUGUUGUUCUGACUCAUGUUGACAGGUGCGAACUAUUUGAUUCAAGUUCACUCAUUAACUACGAUCAGUGUUUGAAGACACUGGGUGACAUAGCGUAGAUGCACAUACCUUUUUAUCGUAUAGAUUUUGAGUCGCAUUAUUCCUUCAUUCUUUCUUUUUUAUAUCACAUUCUCGAAAUUUUCCCUUCAUUAUAAUUGCAACUACGGUUAUUUCGACUCCUUUACUAUUCAUCUUGUUAAUUUCAUAUAGUGUAACAAUUUGAGGUGACGUACAUCUGUGCAAGAUUCCAUGUUGUUUAUAACUGAUUUCUGUUGGAGCACUUUCGCGAGGCUUAACAUGUAAUUCGGUAAUCUUAGUUCUUAAUUAGUAAUCUACAGCUAUCUUCUGACGAUUAUUCAUAUUUCACUACCUACUAUUACUAAAUAAUUUCUAUUUCAAUGCAAACCAAAUAUCUAUACUAAAUUUAAAAUUGUGUUCAUAAACUACCUAACAUCGAAUCCAACUUCAUAUCUGAAUAACUUCGAAAAUCAAUUAAGUAAUCACACACAUACACACUCAAACGGAAUACAAUUCUUGUUCAUUGUUGACAUUAAAAUGUACCAAUGUAUGUUUCAUCCUUUUUGUGAAGUUCAUUUUUUGUAUCAAGAUAUAACCGAUAGUAUAUAGAAUGGGGCUAUCAUUUUAAACAGUAUUAUUUAUUAAUUGAAUACCUAAUUGUGUAUGAGUGCUCGACAAUCCCACCAAAAAAUGGAAUACAAUGAUUUACUUCUAUAAAAAUCUCUAUCACAUGAUGUACUCUAAUUUCUACAUUUUUUCACUUUGAUUAUAGUCCACAAAAUUUAGUUACUGGUAUGAAUAAAUUUUUACAAUCACUUGACAUAACAUUUCGACGCGAUCCAACCAAUGCUAGACCAAGAAUCAACAAGUUGAAUUCGGUCAAAGAUGUUGAACAGAAAAGGAGCGGCAAUUAUUUCUUUCUUGGAGAUUAAAUUUUGUUUAUAGACCUGCCUAUCUUCUCACUUUUUGCAAGUUUUUCAACAAUGCCUGUUGGGUUUUGCUUUUCUGUCAGAAGUCUGUGUAUAUGGUUGGUGUAAUAUGUGUAAUGAUUUAAUUUCUCUGACUAAUCACUUGCCUAUUUAUUGACUGACUAGGUUAUUAAUAUAUGAUACAAUUGUUGGAACAAAGCUUUUUUCAACUCAAAUCUUGUCUUGAGAAGGGCUCUUUUCGGAAAUAUUGAAGUGAGUCUUAGUUUGUUACAUCAAUUUUAGAACUAUCAGUCAGUUAGUUAAAUGGGAAGUGAAACCUGGCAUAUACGUUUAUUAGUUCAAGUUACCACAUCAUAUUAGAUUAUCGGGAUGAAAUAGUCAGCGCAAACCCCAGAGUAUUAAUAGUAUUAGUAAUAAUAAGAAAGACUAAAGAUAUACCAUGUGACUCCAAAAGAGUAAAUUGUUGGAAUAAAAAGUAUAGGAUCAUUUCGGAACUUAGGAUCGAGGGGAAUACAGAGUAAAUGGGUCUGUACCAUUGUAGUGAAGGAGAACACGGGUGAGGACAACCAAAUUGUAUUUAGGACAAAUUACAGAAUUACUUGGUAAAAUAGAAAAACCAUAUAGUAAAUCGUUAAUUUGCAAAAUAUUAUUCUAUCAUAUCAAACCGGACUGUUGCUUU